AUGGAAUCGAACAAGACGGAGGAUAUUCGAGAAUUUCUACGCGAUUUUGAAAUAUUUGUUGCUGUAAACGAAUGGUCGGAUGUGAAAGCUGGGCAAUACUUGGCAGUGUUUUUGAAAGGUGAUCAUGCGAAGGCAUUUUAUCAUCAACAAUCGGACAAGGUAAGAAAGAGUUACAAAUAGCUUUCACAGGCUUUGAAAGAAAAAUACGAGGGGGGCUUGGCGUUGUUAAAGUAUAAGGAAGAGUUUAAUGCCAGAAAUAGAAAGGACGGUGAGACAUUACAUUCUUAUAUGUCGGAUUUGAGAUUGUCGUACGAAAGAGCAUACAGUCCACCUAUAGUAGAUCCAUUGCCUGCAGAUGCAAAUGCAGAUCAGAAAACUGAGCAUGCCCAGCAAGAAGAAGCUUUAGUUUUUUACAACAGAAGAAAAGAUGAGGAUAUAUUAUGCCAAUUUGUAAAUUGAUUGGGGAAAGAGCUGAGAGAAGUUUUGAUACGUCAAGAUGAUUUACUCAAGAUAUCUGUGGAAAGCGUCCUUAAGCAAAUAUCCACCUUGGAGGAAGAACAAGGUGUUACCAGAAAAGUUUCUGCUGCACAGAGAACAGGAAAACUGGAGAGUCAUGUGGACGGUGCACAAAAUAUAGAAGAAGUGACACACCAACAACCCAGUCUGGAAAAUAAAUUAGAUGAAAUCCUCAAGAAUCAGCGUACAUUCCAAGCUGCAGCAGUUAAAAAGGGAGGUAAGAGAUUUACAGGGAAACAGACGCCUGGUCCCAAACUCUCCGAUAUCUGCAGGGCAUGUAACGGUCGUGGACAUUGGGCACGCAACUGUCCUUCUUUAAACGAAAGAGGGGCUGGCCGCAGACCCCCCGGUUCAGCCCUAAAGAGUCAGAAAGGGGUCAUGUACCCAUAUAGAAGCCCCAUGCCAUAAACUAAGAUUAAUACAGUACAGACCACCAGAGCACAAAGGGGAAGCUAUCAUGUGGAAGGAAUUGUAAAUGGGCUCAGAACAAAUUUUCUGGUAGACACUGGGGCAGAAGUUAGUUUAAUUUGUGCAACUGUUCCAGAUUUAGAAGUUAGAGAAUCCUGCAUAACACCAGUUUCAAUAACUAACCAACCUAUUACAAUUCAAGGUGAGACUGACGUGAAUCUUAGUUUAGGGUCGUUAGAAACUAGUUGGAAAUUUUUGGUUGUGGACAACCUUAAAGAGUCGGAUUUGGGAGCAGACUUUAUAGAAAGUCAUUAUACUACUUCAUGGGGUAUUUCAGAUAACAAAUUGUGGCUUGAUGACGUAGCGAUACCACUAAUGGGUAUUAAAAAUGUUGGUAUGGUGAGAGACGACAACCACUCACCAGUGGUAGCCAAAUGCACUGUGGAACUACCAGCACCAAGCAAUAAUCCCAUGCGUACUAAAGAUAAGAGUUGUAAAAGUGGUUUAUUUGAACCAACUAAAACACCAGGUGGAGUAUUAUUGAGCAAGACAGCAGUAGAAGGAGGAAAAGAUGGAAGUUUUUGGGUUCGAGCUGUAAAUUUGACUUCUAAUCCUGUCACACUAUUACAAAAAUCAAAGAACCGGGAUCAUUUCAGAGAUCGAGGACAUGGCAGAACCACUUCAUCUUAA